GCAUUCCGACUGUCAAUAUGGCCACCGAGGCAACGAAUAUUCCUGACGAGCACUUACCGGCUCACGAAGAAGGCGCCGAUGAUGAAAAAUCGCCGCGAUGAAAAAACGAGUAGCCGAGAUGGAAUCCGAGGCGGCCAAGUUGCGCGAAAUGCAGGAAACGCUGGACGCGCAGUCAGAAGGGCUGCAGGAGGAUAAAGAGGACAUUGAUGCUCGUAGUAUAUUCGUGGGCAAUGUCGACUACGGCGCUUCUCCAGAAGAAAUCCAGGCACACUUUCAGAGCUGCGGCUCGAUCAACCGCGUUACGAUUCUGUUAGAUAAAUUUUCUGGCCAUCCUAAAGGGUUCGUACCAGUUUUGUCUUCUCGUGCUUGGAGUUUGCUCAUCGGUGAGAAUAGAUACGCUUAUGUUGAGUUUGCGGAACCGAGUCUUGUUGCACAGGCCUUGGUUUUGAAUGAAAGUGUUUUUCGUGGACGCAACUUGAAGGUAACACCGAAACGCACCAACCUUCCAGGCAUGGCCCGAGGUCGCGGCCGAGGACGCGGCCGUGGCUUUGGCCGGGGAGGAUUCAACCCUCGAGGUGGAUAUCGGGGCGGAUAUCGUGGUCGGGGCCGUGGGUUUUCUCCUUACUAGAUACCCCUGGUAUGGCACAGAGCCGAAGGAGAAGGAGUUAUUUUCAUCAUAUUUACAAUCCAAGUCAUCCUUGUUAUGAGUUUUGGUCGA